AUGGAUGAGAAAAGUAGGCUUUUAGAUGGUCAGCCUAGAACAAGUAAUAUUCAUCUUGACCAGCAUGAAGAUGAAUACUUCAUAGCAUCCGAUUUAAACAAUACAAUUGAAAUGGUGGCUGAUAGUAUUCAAUCUUCAUCAUCACACAAUAAUAAUCACUACAAGAGAUAUAAUAGCCAACAAACUUCUACAUCAACAACUAAUAAUAUUAAUAAUAAUAAUGUACCACUACACAAUAGCAGCUUCGUUGAUAUGAACCCUCUUGGUGGUUCAUUAGAAACAAUGGAAAAGGGUAGUAAUCUAGAAUUUACCUAUUGGUUAAUGAAAAAAAGACAAUGGUCAAGAUUACAUAGAGGUACAUUCUCUAAUGAAAAGAGAGGUUUCUCAUUCUUUUGGUUUCUAUUCUUUUUAUCUGCCUAUGGAAUCUAUCUAUUUCUUCAAAUAUAUCAUUAUAAAAGAGGUGCUGGAUAUAUUUUAGAAUUUAUUUUAAUGGGAUUUAUAUCAAUAUCACUUGGAUUAUUAGCACCAAGAUUUUCAUGGGUAGUCCGUGUCGUAUUUCUUGAAGUUUAUUCAACAUUGUAUUUAUUUUUUAUCCUCAAUCUCUACUAUGAAAAACAAUAUUAUAUUCCCUUGCUCACUGUGGCCAGUGGUGCAUUGGUUGUCACUAUUAUCUGCUUCUUUGUCUAUCCCUAUAUUAUGAAAUGUUACUUUUCAAUUACUGGUGCCAUUACAAUGGCAUCGGAUAAGGAUACCUGGGUCAAAGGUGAAUCAAAUAGAUUCACAAUCAAGCAAAGAAAUUGUUUCAAAAAACCAACCACUUGUGUAUAUGAAGGACCUCUUCUCGAUGGAAGACCUCACGGUAUUGGAACUUGGAUGGACACAUCCUAUCAAGGAGAAUUAUUGGCUGGAUACUGGGAGAAUGGUAUACCACUUGGUCCAUUUGAAAGUACCGAAAACGAUACCAGAAGUUUACUUGUCAAUCUUCGUAUUGUCUAUGGCACCAAUGGAGGAGGUAAGAGCUGGCUCGAUAGAAUACCUCUUCACACUGGUGUUGCUGCUGUCGAAUGUUGUGUCAGCGGUAACUUUUUCAAAGGAUAUCCAAAAGUUAGUAUGAUCAAAGGUCCCGAUCAUUGUAAUUGCAAUUACAAAAAGGCAUGCACUUGUCUCAAAUCACUUUUUGAAAAUGGUUCCUAUCGUCAUAUCGAUGAUGAUAAAACUUUAUCAUCUGUAGUUGUUUCUAAACAAAACACAGUUACAAUUCAAUUAGUAAAAAAUAAUCAAGUAAAUGGAUUGGCUUUGGAUUCUCAUUGGAUUAGCAGUCAAAGUAAUGAAGGUUUAUUAUUUAUUCAUGGUUAUGAUCAUGAUCUAAAGGAUUCACUUAAAAGAUUUGCACAGUUUCUUGCAUUGGGACAUUUCCCCAACUAUCUCAAGCCAUUUGUAUUCAAUUGGCCAAGUUCAACAAGUUCAUUGUUGUACUGGUGUGCUCAUUCAAUUGCAUCAGACAACGACAACCAUAGAGAUCUGCAAAGAUUCAUCGAGAGUCUUGGUCAUGCAGGUAUUAGAACUUUGCAUGUUAUGUGUCACAGUAUGGGUACCAGAUUUUUCCUUCGUUCCUUUUCAAAAGUUAAAAAGGCAUUCAACAAGAGACAAGUAUCACUUUCACCAAAUUCAUCCCUCGGCAGUAUCCCAACAAUCAAUGAAACCAGAGCUCCCUAUAAUGAUUCUAAAAUUAAUUUGGCAAAUUUAAUCUUUUUAAACCCAGAUUAUGAAAUACAAACCUUUAAAAAUGAUUAUGACGAAUUAAGAAGUUAUUGCCCACGUAUAAGUAUUUAUGCUGAUCAUAGAGAUGUUGCGAUCAAGUUGGCAUUCAAGAUGUUACAAAAACAAAAUCUUGGAAAUAAUAUUCAACCAAUCCUCAGUGAUGACACUGGACAAUCAUUGGAUGUUGACAUUAUCGAUACAGGAGAUUUAGAUAGUAACAUGUCUGAAAGACAUCACUCUUUCUUUAAUAUCAAUCGUCUCAUGGUUGAUGAUCUACAUGAUCUCAUUGUCACUGGUAAAAGAGCCGAAGAAAGAACUUCAAGAUUAAAAUCUGUUGGUGAUGUUUAUAGAUUCUCUAUUUUACCUUCAUCAGUUGUAGUUGUCUAA